AUGUCUCCCACACGGUUUGAUGAAGGCAUAUCAAGGCGCAAGCUGAGCACCGACCGAGGCCAGAUCAUUCACAUCGCGUAUAGGAAGCUGUCGAUGAAGUAUCAUCCGGACAAGAACCAGGACAACAAGGAGAAGGCGCAGAAGAAGUUCAUAGAGAUCAGCCACGCCUAUGAGGUCUUGAGCGACCCGGAGAAGAAGUCCAAGUACGACCGGUACGGGGAGGCCGGCCUGAACGAGGGCCAGGGCCAGGGCGGCGGCGGGGGCGGCGGCUUUCAAGGCCAGGAUCCCUUCGAAAUGCCGGGAAGCCUGGCGGACCUUCGCUCGUGA